GAUCAUGGGAGCACUGGGUCUGGCCACUGUGAUUCAGGACUGCAUGGUCCAGUCUCUUUAGAAUGCUGCCGCUGUCAUUGUCACCCUGAGCAGCCUCCUGUACAAUCUAUCUUCUUCUUUUGUUACUAUUGGUUGAGUGAGCAUUCUGUCCUAAGGAUUGGAGGUGAAUGGCAGAUGGGACAAACUGUGGAAGAUUCUGUCCCGGGGAAUAGUCAGGCUUUCACGCAGUGAAAAUUAACCAUCAAAAAGAUGGAGAGAUACAGGGAGUGGAGAUAUGGUUCAGUGGUUAAGAGUAUGCACUGCCCUUGCAGGAGGCCUGAGUUCAGUUCUAAGCACCCAGGUGUAACCCCUGCUCCAGGCAGGUCCCUUUCUCUGAUCUCUGCAUCUCUACAGGAACCUGUACUCAUGUUCACAAGCCUACAUACACAUAAUUAAAAAUAAGUAACUCAUUUUUAAAAUAUAUGGAAGUAAAAAAUAAAUGACAUUUUCUAGAAAGCAAUCCUUUAGCUGGUGCUCAGCUUGCUGCUGCUGAUGGUUGAGAAGCAAUGACUUGGCAUCUUCUACCUCACAAGUCCUUGUACAACCUACAGGGCCAAACCCAGAGAUUUAUGAAAUCAUCUGCUGUUUCUCCGAAUUUAAACCUUUCAGGUGAGAACAGUAGGGGCAAAGGGAUUGCUUCUCCGGGGGCUGAUUACUGUUUGUAGGCCUCUUUCAUUAUUCAAGGUUCAUGCACAGAAAUAAAAAUGCUAAGUGGCACUGACCUCCAGGGCAUGAUGGAAGAAUACCAUUAAUGGAAAAACCCUUGGUGAUGUAUACUGAGCACUGCUCAGCAAACACUGACCCUGCAUUGAAUCUGCACCUUUUCUUAUAUAUAGUGCAAUCAAACAUAAGUACUCGUGCAGUAAUUUGCCUGGCUUCUCUUCUAAACCUUUGUCCAACUCCUUCCUUCCUUAGAAACGGAAGGUUCUUUAGAAUUCUUGUCCUGGCAAGAAUUCCCCUUCCAUUUUUCCAAGUACUUUUUCUGUGCACCUUUAACACCAGUGGUGUUUUUUUUUUAAAUAACUACAUUUAUAGGUCUUUAUAUUGCAGCUAGAAAUGGAUGUGGUGUCACGUGUCUUUUAACUCAGCACUCAAGAGACAGAGGCAGGUGGACCUCUAUGAGUUUGAGGCCAGCCUGGUCUACAUAGUGAGUUCCAGGCCAGCCAGAACUACAUAGAGAAACCCUGUCUCUAAAAUCAAACCAAAUACUGGAGGACAGAGAGCCUUAAAGGAGACCUGCUUUGAAUUUCUGAGGGACCUUGAGGCAUAGAAGUGACACAUGAGACAGGGACCUGCCAAAUAUCCUCCCAUUCUGUGCUGGUUAAGCUUUUCAAUUGCCUUAUUUUCCAAUCUGUAAUUUCUUUUAACCUUGUAGUCUUAAUUCUCAUCUCACAAAUCUCCUCUAUGGAGAGGCCUGGCAUAGUCCCGACAUCCCUUUUGUGUUCUCAUUACACAUCUCUAUCAGUUUACAGCAAGCUGACAUUAUCUUUUGUUUGUGCACUUGUAUGUAACCAACUCCUCCUCAUGCCAUCCCCAGCCAGGGUAAGAGCUUAGCUCCUUGUGCUUGUACUCCUAUGACAUUUGCUGACAGCUGACUCACUGGUCUCUCAGAAGCUCCUACUAAGGCCCAGGGAAGUCAGGUGACUUUCUCCAAGCUGGCUUCCUAGGAUACUGAACUGCAUUAUUCACACUCCCUGAGGGGCAUCUCAAUCCUCCUGGGAUGAAGAAAGAUCGUCCACUUGGCCACUUGAGGCCAGCAACAGCAAAGCUUGCUUGCUCUAGCAACUUUCCCUACCUGGCUGGCGAGGGAAAGCCUAGAGACUGAGAAAGGAGGGGCUUGAGGGGCGGGCCUGGAUGCAGGGCCCCUGUUGGCCCAGCCAAUGGGCUCUCCGGCGUAGGGAGACCAGUCUGCCCAGAGGAGGCGCUCACGUACUGUGCAGGGCAGAGGCAGAGCGCGCAAGCUGCAGCGCUCCCGCAGAUCCUGUAAUUGGCGGCGCCAGUCCGAGGUACACACGGGCCACCGUAGCUGGCACUGUCGGUAAGCCAAGGCAAAGUGGAGUAGGUGGGUUUUCUGGCCUUAGGGAGCACUCACCCCGAAUCCGAGCUGUUGGUGCGUCCUCGGGCAGUGCUACUUCCCCAUAAGCUCUCUCUUUUGUUAGCCGAAUGUUGAUGCUGCAUGUUGGUGGGGUGCAGGUGCUCCGUGAGCCCGGAGUGCCACCCUCCGGUCCCAGGCUGCUGCUGCCGGUCCCUAGCACUGGUCCCUGUAGAGUACCGGAACCCUGGGGCCCUCAAAGCUAUGACUACUGAGGUAUUCAACCCAACAUCCAGACCUGUCCCGGAAAAGAGCUUCCUCUGGGAAGCUGAGACCACAACAGAUACUGGUGCUCUGCACUGGAUCCCAGCACCUGCUCUAGGCAGGUCCCUCAGGACCUGUUGCCUUGGGUCUGGGGCUCAGAUCUGUUGCGCAGUCUUCUAUUUCCAGCUAUCCUGAGACGAAGGAAAAAACCUUGGAGGGUUUUCCUGGCCAGGCUAAGACUAACACUGCUGGAGCGCCCUGGUUAUUUAUUCAUGACUUACUUGGCUGUAAGCCAGACACUAUGCUCUCAGCUCUAGCGGCCUUAAAGGAAUCUCAGGAGUUGCUGGGGCCUACCAGGGAUGAUAGGAUAGGAGGGAUUGCAGUGUGGUGUAGUGCAGACAGCAAGAGGUGGGUGGGUCGUGAUGCAGCCUGGAAGACACACAGAGACUGGAGAGUUUGCCAGCCUGAGAGCUGUGGAAUCAGAGGCAUCAGGGACAGGAAGAAUUUCAGGUAGAUUUUCCCAUGUGCAGACGAAAGAAGUGAAGAACUCAGAAUCUCAGCUAAUCAAACAGCAGAUUGCACAGUAGAACCAGGACUUGCAGAUGGGACCUAAACUGCAAGGUAGAAGGGGCUAGCCAAAAAUGUACACAAUCUAGAGAUGCAUGCAGCCUGACAAGUUUAUCCUAGGACACGGGAGGCUGGGAAAGAAUUCCAGCUGAUCCCACAGCCACUCUGCUAGCUCUGUGGACAGUGACUGGAGCUGGCAUCUUCAAGCUAGUAAGUUGUGAAAAGCUGGUUUUCAGGCAACGUGGCUGCAAAUACUCUGGCCCCUUAAGGCUGACUAUCUGACAGGGGCUCUGUAACCCUAGCUUCUGGGCAUGAAUUCAGGCAGGGAGAUGCUGUCAUGUGAUGCUUGCUCCUGUCAUUGUAUUGGAAGCUGUGGCCUCUAUCUUGUCAUCGGGGAUAGCCCUUGGGGAGUUGGAUAGAGCAUCUGUGCUCACUUUCUGAUGCCUGGUCCCUGUGUGAGAACUUCUGCCUUACCUGGGCUUACCUUUCUAUCUUCCAGGGCCAAGGGGCUGCUGUUUGGGUUGCCAUAUAGAGACUGGUAUAGCGGCAAUAAAAAAGGCUCCUAGGAAGUGAGACCAGAAAGCCACUUCAUCUAUUUGCCUUAAAGACAUUUUUGACCUUGUGGGUCUCUCUCUCUCUCUCUCUCUCUCUCUCUCUCUCUCUCUCUCUCUGUGUGUGUGUGUGUGUGUGUGUGUGUGUGUGUGUGUGUGAGGAGAUUAUUUUACCUAGUUGUCAUAAGCAAGGUUCCUUGUUUAAAAGGUCAGAGAUGCUAAGCUAGUCACUUUUAAAUUGUUAAUUUGCCUUAACCUAGAAUGCCCAAGGAAUAACAUCUCGAUGAGGGAUUGAUGUCUAGAUGAGACUGCCCUGUACGUACAUCUGUCAGAUAAUGCCUUUAUUUGUCAGUUGAUUCAUGGGAAGUCCUAGCUCAUGGUGAGCCAUGCUCCUCUCUGAUAGUGAGUCCUGGAUGGUGUAGGUAUGGAGGAAGGACGCUGGACAGUAGGCAAGUGUUUAUUCUUUCUCUGCCUUGCUUGUAGCUAUGAUCCGCUCCCACAAGUUCCUGCCAGCUUGACAUACCCCCAAAAUACGGUCUGUAGCCUGAACUUGUGAAUUAAAAUAAACCCUUUCUUACCCAAGUUGCUUUGUGAUAUUUUAGCACGGCAGCUGGAAUGGACACAGAACUGGUGCAUGUCUGGGUACCAGUAGUUGCUCUACCGUUCAAGUGAAUACACAGUGGGGGUAGUGGGGCCAGGCACAGGUAGACACUGGUCCAUGACGGAGGGGAAAAGCAGAUUCAGGCUACCCUCUGAGGCUUUCGAAAGCCACACUAACCAGCCAGUAAGUAUGGUGUGCCCACCGAGGGGUUCAACUUAAGGUGUCCCGUCAGCCAAACAGUUUCUAAACAGAGACACAUAUAUGAGCUAUAAGCAGUCAGAACUCCUGGCUGCUGGACAUUAGGAGGUAACACGCAUCUUGGUCUUGUGGGGAGGACGUGGAUGUUUUUCUACGCCAUUGAUUCUCUGUGUCACUGUAUGACAUUGGGAAAAAAAAUGAGGAUGGUUUGGACUGGUCACUUAGAAUGUUUCCCUGGCUUUUGAAUUUCUUUACUGCCUCUGAAAGUACAUGCUGAGCUCGGCGACUUAUUACUGUGAGACAUCUUUACUAAUAACCCCAGUGACUAGAGACUCCUACCGAGUGCUUGUUAGGUAUGUGUGCCCUCUCCCAGUUGCCCCACAACAUGCGGUGUUAUUCUCCAUUUUUAAUAAAGAAAACACUUUUAUUCUCAGUUGGUAGCCAUCUCAGUGUUUUCAAGCCCAAUGGAGUCCCUAGGAAAGUGAGAGUGACAGCACCCAUCAUGGCAUGUCACUUGUUACACUUUAAAAGAUGCUCUUAUUGAUGAGUCACUCAUUAAUCCAACCACUUGGUAAUCCAAUCAAUCUGUUUGGGAGGCUGUGCCACACAGGGAGAUACAGGUCUGUCUGCUAAGGGAGGGAGAGUGGUGUGGUGAGCACUGUGGACUUUAAAAGAAAAUAUUGAAGGAUGGGCCGUUGCUUUGUAUGGCAUAUAGGAGAGAAAGGGUUUUUGUUUUUUGUUUUUUGUUUUGAUCUCCCCUGAGUGACUCUAGUUCAAUGCAGCCUCCUUGGAAAGACUACCCUGUUGGAAGUGAACACCUUCCUUCCCUUUCCUUCUCCCUUUACAGCACUUUUUAGUUUUAUUCACUUCCCUUUAUUGCUCUUCCUCACUACACCACAGUCUCCAGGCAAUGCAAAGCUGCUUCAUCCCUGCAGUCCAGCACUGUUAAGUGCAUCCUUCUUCAUUGCACGUAUGGAUGGAUGGUUGAGCUAUGGAAACUGAACCCAGAAAUCCUUCCAUGCUAGAUACAUCACCUACCCUGAGCUAUGCCUCCAUCCCAGCAUGUAUACCCGUAUAUCUGGAAGGAUGAAAUGAAUGGUAGAUUUGUUUCACAGGAUUAUCAGGGAAGGUCUCUCUCUCUCUCUCUCUCUCUCUCUCUCUCUCUCUCUCUCUCACACACACACACACACACACACUUUUUCUCUCUCUCUCUUGCUCUCUCACUCUCUCUCUCUCCCCCCUCCUUCCCUCUUUCCCUCCUUCUCAACUCAUGUCUCUGUGCCUGUGCGUGAUAUUUAUGUUGAUACAUGAUACUCAGCAAAGCUACGAUCAGGAAGCAGAAAGGAUAGCUUGCCUGUGAACCAUGAGGCAGAGGCAGCUCACUGUAGCGGAAACAUCACUCAAGGGUUGCUUCAAGCCAGUUGAGAUGCAUUUGAAGUUGCUUGGCCUUGGAGGCAUACUGAGUACAGAUUUACUCAAAGCGCAACGAAGCUAGUGAAAUAUUUUAACCCAAGUAAUGACCUAAUAUAAUAUAAUGUUAUGUGCUUGUUGAUAUUUUUUUUUUUUGGCCUUGCCUCCAAGAGGCGAGCUCUGUAAAGAAAGAGGCCAAGGUACUAUAGUUAAAUGAAUGUAUGAUCUAGCUUAAGUUUUCACAGUAUCCCAAUAGCUACAUCUAUAUUAAAUAAUGAAGUCUUGACACCAACUAGAAGUUAGGGGGUUACUGAGGUAUGGGCGUCUUAUGUAAGCAGAGGGAAAGAGCAGAAGGAUUUGAACUAUAUUUUGACAGAAUGGAUAGGAUUUGCUGCUAUAGUUGAUUGGAGAUAUACAGAAAAAAGAAACGUCAUGACUGUUAGGCUUAUGGUUUAGGAUUGGCUUGAUGAAAGAUCUCUAUCACAGGGUGAAUGGAUGGAUGAAGUGUGCCAUAUGGACACAAUGAACUGUUAGUCAGAAAAUAAUCAAAGUAAUUAUAAUACAUGCUACGGUAUAAAUGGACAUUGUCAGCACUGCAAAAAUAUAAAUAAAAGAAGGCAGACACAGGGCUGGAGAGAAAGCUUGGUGGGUAAAGUGCUUGCUGCCCAAGAAUGAGGAGCUGAGGUCCGAUCUUCACCCAUGUAAAUAGGCUGAGUGUGGUGGCGUGCACCUAUAACACUGCAUUAGCAGGAGAGAGCAGGAGCUUCCUGGCGAGGCAGCCUAUUAGAAGCAGUGACUCCAGACUUGGAGAAAGAGUCUGUCUCAAAAGGUAGCGAAAGCCAUUACACCCUCUAUCCAUAGCCUAUGUACAUGCAGUCCUGAGUAAGUGUGCAAAUACAUGCCUGCAGACACACACACACACACACACACACACACACACACAGAGAGAGAGAGAGAGAGAGAGAGAGAGAGAGAGAGAGAGAGAGAGAGAGAACGUGUACAUAAAAAGCCAGAAGCUGCACAGUGCCACCAUUGUCCAUGUGUUUAUAUCCAUAGACACAAGAAGGAAAACAGCAUUUGACACAGGCUAAGGAUGAGCCGGAGUGGGUGAAUGGUGUCCUUUUUAGCAGUGAUGAGGCUUUGGAACUAGGUGGAGUUAGGGAUUUUCUACAGUAUGAAGGUGCUAAGUGCCACAAAAUCAUGUUCUUCAAAGUGCUUAGUUGUGUGCCAUGUAAGAUCAACUUUUCAAAGGUUAGAUGGAUAGUAUGGGUGUUUUGACAGUGGGGAGACCGGGGGAAAGCGGGCUGUUUGGGGUUGGACUACUGAAAUGCACCACACAUCCAUGAGGAGCAUGCAUUUAAUGUGGGUCUCUGGUCUAGCAGACAAUCCUGGGCUGGGAUGUAGAAAACAGUUGUCAGCUCUUAGAUGUCAACCAUGAAACACAUGAAUUCUUGUGACAAAGGAUACAGAGGAAAACAUUAACAUGCUGGGCCAUCCUUUAAUGUGAUACUCAUGGCUUCCCUAGAAAGAAGGUACUGUGGUCCUUUUUUCAGACAAAGGAAACAAAAGUAAAACUGCCACCUCGAUCAAGAUGACCAAGAUCAGACAGUUAACUCAUGUGGGUCCCAGGCCUCCAGCCUUCUGCCUUUCUCAUCCCAGCAUGAUGAUCCGUUUAGAACUUCCACACAAGCCUUUCCCUCUGGCCCCAUUCUCCCUGUCAGGCACGACUGAGUAUUCAUGCACGGCAGGCCCUGUUCUGAGCAUAUGUGGGUGGAAUGGGUAGACACAGCUUUAAUAGCAUCAAGCUGAUCCAGGAAACAAGCAAGCACAGUUCCCAGAUGCAGGACCCAAGAAGCACGGAGAGAGCGCCACUCUCCCAGGUUUAUAUGUAGGAGAGGGAUUCCUAGGGAACUUGUUAGUGAGGCUGAGGUUUGCAGUACUAGCAGAUGGAAUGAACUUGAGGGAGACAAGGAUUUCUAGAACAGCUGGCAGCCUCUGAAAAUACUCUGUAUGAGAAUUCACUUCCAGUUCUCUGUUCUUCUCAGGCUCUGGCACUUGAAGCUCAUCAACUAUAUCAAUAAUUUCUGGGAUCUAGCAGACCAUGCUAGACAAAUGCAAAAUGCAAAUCACAUGGCCAAGCUUAACUUUAACUUCAUGCUGGGCAUAGUGGUUGAGGCCUUUAGUCCCUGAAGUCAAGCUAGAGGCCGCUGGAUCUCUGUGAGUUCCACAGGGAAUUAAGAUAAGGUACGACAGCCUGGCCUUCAAAGUGAACCCCAGCUCUUGGGCAAAUUACUUAGGUUUUCUUUUUGUCCAGUGUUAAUGACUGACCUGAGACCUCAUUCCGGGUAGGUUGGUACUCUACCAUGGAGCCCAGCUGUAGCACUCUUUUUACCUCUUAUUUUCAGACAUGAUCUCACUCUGUUCUGAAGGUUGGUCUUGAACUUCCUCUGUACUUCAACCUAUCCUUGAACAAGCCAUCUUCCUUCCUUGGCCUCCUGGGUAGCUGGAAUGGCAGACCUAUGCCAGGAGGCCUGGCUAGACCUUAUUUGUGAAAGGAGAGACAUAAUGUCCACUGUUCAGAGUAGGACAUGAAUGAGAAGAGCCACCAAGUGUUGAGUGUAUUAUAUAAGCUCAGAAAAAAAAAUAUCACCACCCUUGGCAAAGAAGAGUUCUAGGUGCACUGGGUCCCCUGUUUUUUUUAUACUGUUGAAAUAGAUAGCCACAUACCCUCUAAAGGUUGUGGUAUGGAUAAUUUGAAGUGUAUCACUAUAAACUAUGUGUUUAGGAUGCCCUUCAGAGGAAUCAGAUUUAAAAAAAGAAAACAAGUUGAGGAAACACUGGUAUAAACCAAAUCCUUUUGGGUUUGAUAAGUAGGAAAGGGUUAAGCAUCUAGAAAUAGGAUUUUGCCUUUUAGAAAUUAUUAGCCAAUGAGGGAGCUCACUGGUGAUGUAAUGCCUGGGGGCGGGCACUCCAUUGGUUAAAUGUAUUGUUUCUCUGGCUUCACUGAGAAGCAGACCUGGAACAGAGGGGUUAAUCAUUCUUCCUCUCUCUCUCUCUCUCUCUCUCUCUCUCUCUCUCUCUCUCUCUCUCUCUCUCUCUCCCUCUCUCUCUCUCUCAUAUUCCUCCUCUCCUCAGUGUGAAGAAAUAGCAGUGCUCAGCACACUGUUGGCAUUUGCUUUCCAAUAAAAGCCAUACUCGCCUCCUGCCUCCCUCCCAAGUAGAGCACAUGUUCCAGUAGUACUACAGAGGAGGACCUAGGAGGGGGUGGGAAGAGUGGGAGGUGGAGGAGGAGGAGGAGUUGUUCUUUAGAUGAAAGAGAGCCCCUUUGCAGGGCUGUAGCCUCUCCAUGCCACCUGGGAUGGGCACGGCUCCACAUGCCCCCAAAUGAAUUGUUUAACAGCCAACUGCUUCUGAGCAUUGUUCAACCUGGAGGGAUCCUCAGAACUAGGAGAUAAACAGAGUCCUGGGAAGUCCACUUCUCAUGGUGCAGAAGCUCUCUCUGACCCCAAGCCUCCAGCUCCCCGUAACUGGCAACCUGAGCUUCAAACCUCAUCGAGUUGAUUCUGUGUGGAAGGAGAAUUCCCAUCUAUUGCAGCCAUGAACUUCCUCCGGAGGCGGCUGUCUGACAGCAGCUUUGUGGCCAACCUGCCCAAUGGCUACAUGCCGGACCUGCAGCGCCCAGAGAGCUCCAGUAGCUCUCCAGCAUCCCCGGCCACAGAGAGGAGGCACCCCCAGCCCCUGGCUGCCUCCUUCUCAUCUCCAGGAUCCAGCCUGUUCAGCUCCUUCUCCGGUGCCAUGAAACAGACCCCACAGGCUCCCUCAGGGCUGAUGGAACCACCCACUCCUGUCACACCCGUGGUUCAGAGACCCAGGAUCUUGUUGGUUAUCGAUGACGCCCAUACAGACUGGUCAAAGUAUUUUCAUGGGAAGAAAGUGAAUGGCGACAUUGAGAUCCGAGUGGAACAGGCUGAGUUCUCUGAGCUGAACCUGGCUGCUUAUGUUACCGGAGGCUGCAUGGUGGACAUGCAAGUUGUGAGAAAUGGCACCAAAAUUGUGCGGUCCUUCAAACCUGACUUCAUCCUGGUCCGACAGCAUGCCUACAGCAUGGCCCUGGCUGAGGACUACCGGAGCCUGGUCAUCGGCCUCCAGUAUGGAGGGCUUCCUGCUGUCAACUCUCUCUACUCCGUAUACAACUUCUGCAGCAAGCCUUGGGUGUUUUCUCAGCUCAUUAAGAUCUUCCAUUCCUUGGGUCCUGAGAAAUUUCCACUAGUGGAGCAAACAUUUUUCCCCAACCACAAGCCAAUGCAUUUUACUCAUUCCCUCCGAUGACAUCACCUGCCACCGUGUCCUAGAGAGCCUUGAACUGGACAUCUCUACAAGUCUUUCCCACCCUGAAUCCAACCUGGAGAAUCUCCCCAGACCGUGCCAACAGCGCCAUAACUGGCCCUGCGGCCCCAGUCCUUUUCUCCUUCUCUGUCCGGCUCUUCUCUUGCUGCCCAUCGUCGUCUCACAGAUCUAUUCAUAUUCUGUGGCUCUCUGAACAAAGUCUUAAACUCCGAAGAUGUACAAGAUCCUCUCUGAUCUGCCUCUUCUCAACAGCACCCUGAGCUGCAACUGGAGGUGACACCACUCCUAUAGAACAUCACGUGACUAUUACCCAGCAGCAGACCCACCCUUAGUGCCACCUAAACCUCUGUUACCUCAGUCCCAUCUUGCCCCAUUUUAUGCCCCCUGCCCUCCCUCCUCCACUCCCAUCUGCCAGGAAUCAAUUAGGACCACCAGCUUUGGAAUGUUCUCUGACUCCCUUCAGAGAACAUUCCCUUUCAGCUGUCCAUCUGGGCACCUCUUAUGCUCUGCGCCCCUAGUGGUCUAAAUGUCUGUAGACCCAAGCAAACCUGGGUGCUUCUCUGUGUGCCAGUGCAGUACCUGCACACAGUAGACACUUAGAAAAUACUGAAGAAAGAGACUAAACAAUGAACUGGGGGGGAAAGAUCCAGUGUAUGUCAAUAUCCCCAUUGCUAAUCCACCAUGAGAGGCUCUAGGACCUAACUCAUUGAACUUGAGUUCUCAGAGAGAUUCCCAGAGGUGAACAGUCUCAUGGGUACACCCAACUCAAAAGGGCCAGCAAGCCAGCAAGCCAGCCAGCCAGCCACAGUGCCACUGUCCUUGCUUCUGUGAGACAAAUGAUUAAGAAGUAGGCAGGCAACACAUGUUCAUGGCAUACCUUAUUAUAUUCUGAUAGUGGAAGAGUCCUAUACCUCCUCACCAGAACACUUUGAGUUGGUGGGUGUGAAAUUAGAACAUGGAUUGAGGACAUCCCAAGAGGAACUUCUAGGGAAAACACCUUGAAAUUUUCUCUUCUCAACUACAUGUUUUAAAAAUUGAUUGCGUGUGUAUACCUGUGUGCCUGAGUGGUGGUCAGAGGACUGGUGAGAGUUGGGUCUCUCUUUCCAACACAUGGGUUCUGGAUGUCAAACUCAGGUUGUCAGGCUUUGUGUCAAGCACGUUUACUCUGUAAGUCAUCUCAGCUGCCUUUGAAUUUUCUUUCUGAUGGAAGCUGUGUCCACUGUCAAAAGCCAGUCUCGCUGGAUGGUGAUGAUGGCUGAGCUCACAACACCUACUGUGGUCUCUUUGGUCUUCUCAAUUCUUUGUUUAAGAUUAGUCAUGCCUUCAUCUUCCCCUAGACUCUUUUUUUUUUUUUUUUUUUUUUUUUUGGCCCCAGAAAGAUUGCAAUUCAUUGGUUUUUCUACUAGUCUAUUGUUUUCAGGUACUUUUGAUAGAACAAACCUUAUGAAACUGAAGCUUCUAGUACAACCCGUUCUUGCCAGAUAGAUAGAUAGAUAGAUAGAUAGAUAGAUAGAUAGAUAGAUAGACAGAUCUUUGAACUUGGCCAGUGGGCCUUGUGUUUAAGAGCAAUGUCUGUGAAGAUAUCCUUGAUGACAAAAAAUUGCCCAAGAGGCCAUUCACAAAGUAUGUGUAGACAUGAGGCAGUACUAGUUAUAAACUUCUACAAAGGGUUUGUGCUUUGACGUCUCCCUCAGUCUUCCAACCCUAAAUAAUAGACAUUUUACGUGAGAGAAAGUAUGUGUGUUGCACACAGUGAGGCGAUCCAAGGUUAACAAGAUUUAUCUUCCUCUUUCCCUCUUCAACUUAUUUUUUGAGACAGUGGCUCUCCUUGAACCUGGAGCUCCCUGAUUCGAGUAGGCUGACCAGCCAGUGAGCUGCAGAGAAGAGAUCUGCAUGUCUCUGUUUUCCCAGCACUGAGAUUACGGGCAUUGCCACACCACCUUUUUUAGACCCCUGCUAGAGCUGUGACUUCAGGUACUUAAGCUUGCACAGCAACAAGCAUCUCCCCACCACUGUAUGUCUGCCUUAUAAUCAAGGAAACUGGGGCUUAAGGAAGACAUCUUGCAGACAACUAAAUAUUGUUUCUCUUUCCUUCAUAUCCAUCUGCUAGGUCUUCUUUCAGACUCUUUCUUGCUAUAAUUGUUUUUCCUCCUUUCAUCUGGCCACCUCUGGUUUAUUGGAAUACUGAAGAAUGGGCCCUAAGGUCCCUGGGGUGUACCUGAGCUGGCUGAUAGUGGCUCAGUAGAAUCCAUUGCUAUAUUUUCCCAGAGUUCUCAGAGUUACUUGUAAAACAUGGUCAUGAUUAAAAUUGUAAUUGCAAAAGUCAACAAUUAAGUUAACUUUAUUUAAAGCAAUGCAAAUUAACAUCAAACUUCAUCAUUUCCUAAUCAUAUAUACUCCUCAACUUAAAAUGAGGAUAUAUCCAAGUAAACUCACAUGCCCGGCUACCAUUGGCUUAAAAUAUCAUGAUCUCAACAGCCUGUAAUAUACUUGACCAGCUAAACAUUGGAGCCAAGCCACAGACAUGCUGCAAGUGUCUCUGGCUCACUGUUUUGAAGGGGACCUGCUGGGGUUUGUGCUCAUUGCCACUGUCCAGAAUAUCAGGAAAGGUUUAUAGUGAGUGUCAGUAGCUCAGGAAAUGAUGAAAAGUGAGAGAUCUGGAGGUUGGUUCCAACUGAGUGCACAUAAUUUCCCCACCAUCUUAAAGUUAAAAAGGAAUAGAAUCCUGAGUCAAAUGUCUGUGUGUUUUUACCAUCUCAAGGUCAAUAUUCUAGAGGUUAUUCCCACUGACUUUUGUCUGCGUGGUGGUGACAUUACAUAAUGCUCUGACGUUGUGGAUCGUUCUCACUCUGUAGUGAGUGACAUCACAGUGUAAUUUAGAAUAUUUACACCAUGGAAAUUGGCCAACCCAACAAAUCAGGACUUCUUGUCUAGGAGAGCCACUUGUUAAGUAUUUACAGGUUCACUAUUAUUAUUUCCUAACUGCAACACCCUGGAUAAAUAACUUUACCUCCUCGUACCUCAGUGUCCUUGUCUGUAAUAUGGGAUAGCGUUAAUCCCUACUUUAGAGUUGUCGCAAGUAAAUGAAUUGAGACAUUGAAGGGAUGUGGUAGAAUGCUUGGCACCAACUUGGCACCAUUGAGUAGCCACUGUCAACAUUAUUAUACAGUCAGGGUUGUCAUCAAGCACUGUCUCCUUCCUGAGCCGAAUGCCAUCCAUUCAGGAUAACCCAACUUGAAACUUAUCACAGUCUGCUUUGACUGUCACUCUUUGGUUGUACUAAUUACUUCUCUCCUCACCACAUAUGUGACAGAAGCAGUUUAAGUGAGGAAAGAUUUGUUUUAGCCCUGGAUUUCAUGGAAUAUGGGUCUAUCCUGGCAGAGGUUUGUUGUCUGGAGGUGCUUUCUCUACAGUGAUGUAGCGUGUGGUGUGGCUUGUUAUAUCUUGGAGGAUUAGGAAGCAGAGAGCACGGAGCAAAGCUGUGAUCAGAUAUCACUUGCUGGGUCCCCUGCAGUGAUUCACUGAGGCCCCAUGUCUCAGAGGUUACACAACCUGUUGGAGGCAACAGUGCUCCCUGCUGGGGACCAAACGUCCAAAUAUGCAAGCCUGUGGAGGGCAUUUCAUAUUCAACCAAUAAUGCUCUGCCCAUCUUUAUCAAGUGUGGCAAUGGCUUGGGCUAACUGAGGUUUUCAGUUCUGAGCACUUAUCCCGAUGCAGGGCACACAGCAGGUUCUCAGCAAGCUGGGCUUAGGUUUAGAUGACACAUUGUUGAGAAGUUACUGGAGAAUCCGGAUUGGAAAGCAGAGGAUUCCCUAACCACUCUCUAGCACUGUAAACAUUUCUUUUCCACACUGGAGAAUUGCUAGGAUGUUAUGAUUGGGGUUCAUUCCUUACGUAAGAAUCUUAUAGUGAGGUCCUGUUCAUACCUCAGGAGCUGAAAGCCUCCCCUGCUGUGGUAUCCAAGGAGACCCUCCUUGCCCACUGAUCUCAGCUUUAUAGCUACACUCUCUCCAUGUGCUAUAUGGAGGCCAAUGAAGUCCUUAGCCUGCCCAGAGAAGCAUGACCAGUAACUUUCCAAACUGCUUGAAGGUGCGGGGAACUGCUUCUGCUUCAAGUAUUUACUUAAAAAAAAAAAAAGAAUUUAAUGUCAUAUCAACACACCCUAGAAGAACUGCACAUACCUGAGGUGUUUUUGAGGCCCGUGAUUGGAGGCUGGUGGCAGGAGAAGGAGGGGAGAGCCUAGAGGCAUGGUGAAGACAUUUUUUUUUUUUUUGAUCUCCUGUUCCUUUGAAUAAACUGGUUUCUGGCUUAUGCAACUCCCAGUAAUUAAAAUCGCUGGAAUACUUUGCAUUUUUACAGCAACUUAAAGGCGGCUCAGAGGCCUGGAACUGAAGCCAACUCGUGGGGGGCCUGGCGAUCCUGUGAUGCCUGUCCCUUGGCAGGGUAAAGGUGCUGGCAUUUGGCUUGUGGAGACGGGGUGGGGGGAGAGGAAGUGAAAGUGAUCAUGAUUUGUAUCCACAUCUCUCUCUUUUCCAUAGACAGAUCCCCAUGUGUAUUAUCCAGGGAAGGGAGGUCACCAAGGGCCACACACACUUUCUGAAAGUCUAAUGAUAAAUGAUGACACCUAAGAGUACUAAGGAUGUUCAAACUUUGUUGUUUUUUCCCCCGAUGCUACCUGUAUAUCAUACCCUAUAGUAAGAACCCAUACAAUAUUUGAUUUAAAAAAAUAGUCAGAUGAACCCAGGCCUAGUGGCCCAUGUCUGUAUUACCAGCUAGUCCUGAGGCUGAGGCAGGAGGAUUCCAAAUCCAAGGCAUUAUCAGCAGGUCUUCUUAACGCUCACACUUGCUGUGGGUUUUUACAGGACCCAUGUUUGUGUGAGCAGAACAUCCGAAUGCAUUUCUUCUCUUACGCCAAGAGGGAAAUCAUUACUGUUAUUUUAAGGACACACCUCCACACCAUGCUAUGAUUUGCUUUUACUACUGAAGGACUUGGGUCUCACACAGGUCACCUAUGUAUUGUAGAGUUCCAAAAGGUGGUAGGUAAGAGGCAAGUCCCAAUUGUGAUUAGUUCUGUGUUGCUCUGUGACAAUGUGUCAGUAACUUUGUGGUUUAUAACAUUGUAUUUUAUCCCCUGAUUUCUCAGAGGUCCAAACAUGGCUUCACUGGGUCUUCUACAAGGACUAAAACCAAGAUGGUACCCAAGGCCCCCAUUUCCUCUGGAACUCCAAGGAGGAAGGAUCUGUUUCUUUACUCAUGUGAUUGUUGACAACGUUGAGUUCCUCAGUGUGGUGGUUUGAAUGAGAAUGGUCCCCACAUGCUCAUAUAUGUUGAAUAUUUGGUCCCCAGCUGGGGGAACUAUUUGGGAAGGACUAGGGGGUGUGGCCUUCUUGGAGAAGGUAUGUCACUGAAGGAUAGGCUUUGAGGCUUCAAUGGGUUCCUAUGAUUCUGUCUGCCUCGUGGUUGUGAAUCAAGAUGUGAUCUCUCAGCUGUUCCUUCUCUUUCUGUCAUGGACUCAACCCUGUGAAGUCAUAAGACAAACCAAAAGCUUUCUUUUCGAAAUUGCCUUAGUCAUGGUGUUUGAUCACAACAAUAAAAAAGUAACUAAGACAUCUAGUUUCUCCUUGGUUGUGGUGUGGCAUGCCUCGAUGGUUUCUUGCCACACGAGUCUCUGUGUAGGCAGCUUCACCGUGUGACAAGUUCUUUCCUCAACAACGGCAUGAAAGAAAGUCUCCUGAGAUGGUGAUGCAGUCAUGUUCACGUAACCAGGUAUAUCUUGUAUCUCUGGCCAUGUUCUAUUUAUGCCACAACCUCUGCCAUACUCAGGAAAGGGGAAUGACAGAACAUGAAUGCCAACAGCAAGAGUCAUGGGGGUUCCAAGGGCUCACUCUCUAGAAGGAGUAAUUAGAAUGAGAACAGCUCUGGCAGCCAUGGAGUUCAGGGAGUUGAUGUAAGUACUUGCUGUGGUGGACCUCUUCAGCUCUUUAGACCAGAUGAUUUGUUUGUUUGUUUGUUUGAAUUAACUAACAGCCUUAGGGCUUGAUUUGGUUUGAGCACAGCAUUGUUUUUUGACAGAGGCUCAGAAAAUUUCAGACUCCCAGAUAUUCCGGAAACCUUGGGAGCUCUGGGCCCAUGCCCCAGGAUUUUGUCCACAGGGAUCUAGAAGCCACUGCCCAGAUUAUAAGACAAGUAUGUUCUGCUCACCUCAGCCCGGUUGUCUCUGCUUCUCUGCCAGGAUGCCACAAGGCUGCUGUCUCUGGUUUUCCCUGUGUGCAGGCCCCAUACCACAUCAUCCACACCUGGGAGAAACAACCAGGCAACGUAAGAGAAGUGAAGGACAAACCAGACCUUAGUGGUCAUCUGAGGGACCCCAAAUACAGGAGGGAAACUGAAGAACAAGUAUUCCAGGUUAGGGUGAGCCUCUGUUGAGAGCUGAGACAGGGCACCUCUUUCUGUGGAUCUUUCAUUCCCAGACCUGCUAACUGACGAAGUGUCCAGUCCCGCUGACUUUGGGAGACUCCUAUGGCUUCUCAGAGGAUGGAGGAAAGAAAACAGGACCAUCCUUCAGAGUGCAGACCCAUAGACACAGGGAAGCCAGCUUUCUUCUGUUGACAUGAAAAGGCUUUAAGUUCUGUCUGUUUUUCUUCACGACAUAAAAUUCUUCCUUCAGAAACAAUUUUGCAGGAGGAAAAGUCAGCUGUCUGAGAUGGUGGAAGGGGAGAAAUGUGUCACUGUGAGGUGUGGAGCCCAUUCAUUUGUACUGCUGACAGGGACAACCGUUCUGUAGUGGAAUGAAGAGAAAGGGGGAGGCAAGCGUCUGUUGCUGCAGAUCCACACAGAACGUGACUCCUCUCUACCCAGGAAUCCCAGGCAGGCCCCAGAGAAAGGAAACCAUCAGGGAACAAGAAGGAUGAGCAUUGAAUAACGAUUAUACCAUAGCCUUGGUUCAACCAACAGUGAUAAUAAAAACUGAUAUGUGAUAAUGCAUACUAUGAACUAGACACUGAUAAUGUCCUGUAAGUCUCUACCCCACCCUGUGAAAUGAGCACAUCUGCCCUUCCUAACUUGUGGGUGAAGAAUCUAAAACCCAGAGAGGUUAGGGAAUGUGCCUAUGGCCACACAGCUCAUUGGAGGCAGGCUCCAUGAGAGCCAAUCAUUCCACCGUCAGGAUCUGGAUUUUUAUGUACUACUUGAUCAGUCACACAAGGAUUUAUUUGUUUGUUUGUUCAUCUAUCUAUCUAUCUAUCUAUCUAUCUAUCUAUCUAUCUAUCUAUCUAUAGAAUAACCUGUGUAAAGUGCCAUGCUAACACAGUGGGGAAACAAGGAAAGAUGACAGAGUCAGGAAAUUUUUCCCAGCCAGUGUGCUUGCUGGUACAAAGCCGUAGGGAAAAUUGUGAGCUACAAUGACCUGCACGGGUUGAUGACUUGGGUUUUGUGUCUUAAGCUCCCAUCUGGAGCUGGCUUCCCUCAGUCUAUGGAUCUAGGUAUGGAGGAUGAUCAGGAGUUAGAUCAUUGAUUUUUCAAGAAUCCCAUUGGAUUGUCCAAAGGCUAAUUGCUUAUAAAAAUAAAUAAAUAAAAAUUUUAUAUAGAAGAGAAGAAGAGGAGAAAGUAGGAAGUCAAAUGAGGUGAUGACAAAAAAAAAUGAACAGAGGCAGACAGACAGAUAUACAUACCAUAACAGCAACAACCUGACUCUCCAUGUGCUCAGCUCUAAGUACCACUAAGCACUUACGCUACACUUACUCUCUUUUCUCUCUCCCCUACUGAGGAUAAUCAGAGCCUUAUGGUGAGGUUGAUGUGAUCACCUCCAUUUUAAGACUAAAGAAACAAAGUACAGGAAGCUAAGUACCUUGUCCAAGGUUGUUUCGGCUUGCGCAAGGACACACGGCUGGGACACGGAGCCAAGAUUCCAAAUAGGCAACGUCACUAUAACCACCAGGCCCGUAGCCAGUAACAGAACAGUGACUAUUUGAGGUUCAGGUGUGAUCCCUCCCAUUUCAAAUCUCUCUGUGGCAAGACUUCCAAGGGUGGAGAUGGGGACACCAAUUUAAGGAGUUUGUAGCCAAGAAAUCUCUACUAACACUUAGGUGGAAAAUACCAGAGACUGCAGAGAUGGGAAGAGGAAAUCAGAAAAGCCAACAAUGCACUACUCAGAGGUGUUUUGGUAUUCAUGCCUGAUUGAGUGCUGUUCUAUUCAGCAUGGGGGUUGUCUGAUAGGCUCCCCUAUUAACUCAGUGGCACUGACUUCUGAAGCGCCUAUUAAAUUUUCUCCCCUGCUCUCUGUAGGGCUACUGGAGACUGGAGAAAUUGCCUCUCAGGGAGGCAUACACUAGAUAUGGCAUCCCACAGCAGGGAGCUGAUAGCUGCUUAAUGUGUAAAUUGGCAGGUGGGUAAAAGAAAACAGAGUUCAAGGUAGAAGACUUGGAGGCUCAGCUCAGGAUGUCAUUUUGCUGUGUCCUACUUGGGAGUGGGUGUGGGGAGGAGUGUCUGAAGGGAAACAGUUUUCUUAGCUUGUUUGAGAGAAGCUCUUUGUCCCAGCUCCUUCCGGCACAGUUUCUGCCAUGUUAUUCCACUGAAGUAUGGGGCAUGGGUAUUUAGCCAGCCUGUAUCAUCUAUGGUAUGAAAGAGUAAAAUAGUUAUAGAUAAAGAAUGGCUACAGGUAACAGCAUAGAGGUAAGAUCAGAUACAAGAGGGUCUCAGGUCCCUAUCACAGCAGUCAGUACUAUAACAAAAUACCCAAGGCAUAGAACGUUAUAAAGAAGAAGUUUCCAGGCCAAGAUUGGGUAGCUGCAUUGCGUUGGGUUACUGGUGAUGUCAACAGUGGGGAUAUAGAACGGAUGCAACUGCAAUCAUAAGCCAGCACCCACCAAUGAACUAAGCACCUCCCGUAAGUCUUCAGCUUCUCAAAGGCUGCAGUGUUUGUUUUAUAAAAAGAAAGAAAGAGUCAGGGUUAUGUUGGUAGGGGCACAGUAGGGUGAGGUUGGAGGGGCAUCUCUGGGGGACAAUGCUGAGGCAUUCCCUCCCCCUAAGAUACCAGCAUAGGACAGGGUUUGGUAUAGAAUGGGGUUUAUUUAGGGCAUGGAAGGGAGAGUUGGGAAGGGGGGGGGGAGAGCAGGGAUGGGGAGAAGGAGAAGGAAGGGGAGAGAAGAAAAGGGUUGAGACAAUAAAGUUAGAGAAUAAGAGGAUAAGAGAGGAGGGGGCAAUCAUCCCCUUUUAUAGUGAGUCAGGCACACCUGGCUGUAACUGCGGGGCAGAGCCUAGAAGGAAUGCUGACAUGCAACACCUUCCAGUAGUCCCACCUUGGACACUGGGCCUAUGGCAUGUGGGAGACAUUUGGCAUCCAAGCUAUGGCAGAUGCUCAUGUAUCUGCUGGGGAGGGGGGUAAUAAAUGGCUUUAGGAAAAGCAUGAAUCUAGAAUCACAUGGACCAGGAUUUGAGUUCCAGCAGGGCCAAGAGCCAACUCUGUGGUCUUAGGCAAGUUGUUGUCCUUCUCUGUGAAGAAUACCUAAGGAUGUCACCACCAGAGAGUUGCAGCAAAGCUUAAACGAGGCAGCAACUGACUUCAUGCCUACAUGGAGAAGGAUAACCAGGGGUGUUUCUAUGUGUUAGGUCCAUGUCUGAGUCACCAGUGCUUGGCCAGUGCCCUUCUCCAGGGCAACAGUCCCUGACCUCAGGUUCUAGGUAGAAACUGCUGUUAUAAGCCAAUUGUCUUCAUCUGGGCUUUAUUGCUGUGAAGAGACACCAUGACCAAGGCAACUUAUAAGGGACAACAUUUAAUUAGGGCUGGCUUACAGUUGUAGAGGUUUAAUUCAUUAUCAUCAAGGCAGGAAGAUGGCAGCAUCUGGGCAGACAUGGUGCUGGAGAAGGAGUUAAGAGUUUUGUAUCUUGAUUCAGCUGCAGCCAAAAGAGACUAUCUUCCAGGUAGCUAAGAGGAGAAUCUCAAAGUCCACACCCCCACCCCCGCAGUGACACAAUUCCUCCAACAAGGCCACACUUCCUAAUAGUCUCUCUCCGUGGACUAAACAUAUUCAAACCACCACACCAACACUGCAUCUCAAGCCUUCAGCAUGACAUCACACGUUACAUGCAUCAGAUAAUCAUCUGAUUAACGUCAGCCUCAUUGUCUAGCCACAUAGACACAGAAGCUGUGUGUGUCUGAGUCCUCACUGGAACCCCGAGGCCUCCCACAACCUGCCAGGUACUAGAUGCUCAAGAAAUACCUAUAGAAUGAGUGACUCAAGGAACAAGCAGUAUCCCUACAUGCUGGCAUGUUCUGUUUACUAAAGGAAGAUAUUGUUAGCAUGUUCUUGUUGUAGAUAGAGAAAGACCUGAGGGUUUUUUUGUGUGUGUGUGUGUAUCAUUUGCCUUUAAUGAGCUAGACUAAAUUUUCUUAAAGAGUCCAUUGUAACCCUUUGCUUGCUUUCUGAUGUGAUUUCCUAGUUGGAAUGUUGUUAAACACAAACCAUAGAGAUGAUAGCCCACCAGAAAAAUACCAGGACAGGCUUCCAGAGACAUAUCAUUCAACAUUGUGUAUUUAUGGAAGCAGAAGAUUGAAAAAUGUGGAGCCCAGACUGCAAGAUCAUUCAGUGAGUAAAAUAUUUUCUGCACAAACACAAGAAGCCGAAUUCAGUCCCUAGAAUCCAUGUGAAGGUAAAAAAAAACGAGAGAGAGAGAGAGAGAGAAGCAUGGUGGUGAGAGCUUGUGCCCUCAGCACUGAGAUACAGAGUCAGGUGGAUUCCCAGAACUUGCUGGCCAGCCAUCCCAGCCUACUUGAAGAGUUCCAGAUCAUGAGACACCUUGACACAAAGAAAAGGAACAGCCUUUAAAGAAUAACACCUAACGAUAUGCUCUGGUCUCCACAUGCAGGUAUACACACAUGUGUACCCCGACACAUACAUACAUGAACGGUCAUACACAUAAUCAUACUCAGACAAGAUAAAGUUUAAAAAUAAGAAAGAUUUGUCGUUACAUCACAGACCUUCUUGACCCAUAACCCCUGGUCUAGAAAGUUGAAAAUGAGAAUAGCUGUGUCCUGGUCAGUGGUAGAAACACUGGGAAGUGCGAACUGCUGAGAUUUUUUUUGGGUGGAAGGUAGAUUUAACCUUUGGCCUGCCUCUAGAUUCUACUUAUCAGACUGAUGAUCCUGCUGUGUCUCAGCCAAUCAGGAUUUGAUGAGAUAAAGGUUUGCUUCCUGUUAUGAUGGACUACGUACCUCUAUCAUAGCAUAUGUGGGUCUCCUGGGCAAUGACGUUGUCUCCCACGAGGUGAGCCACCUACCUCUGAUGCAGUCUGAGAUGAGAUAACAACCUUAUGUGUUUCUUCCUCUAACAGUAGUUAGCUUUUGAAUACACUGUGUAAUAGAAAAUAGUUAAGUUAAACCCAUGAAUUGAUGGGUAGUAUUGUGUAAGAUAAACCCAAAGCUUCUGUAUAAGAAAGAAAGGGAAAAGAAAUGUUUUGACAUGAGAGAAAACACUCGGAAAAUGCAGAUAGUAAAGUAUUCGAAGAGUAUGGCAAGAGUCAUGAUUGUGAAGGCUGAUUUGUGAGUUUUAGGGAUGUUGCAAUGAUUGAUUUUCUUGUGUCCAUUCCCAUUAGCCUAUGGGUUCCUUUGAAAUGGAGGUAAUCCAUAUUCAAAUAUAUCUAAUACUGAGAAUAUCAUGUACUUGGUCACAUGGAGAUUCAAUGCACAUGGGAUACAUGGAUUUAGAAAAGAGAUAAGCUAGCCAGGCAAUGGUGAUGCCUGCCUUUAAUUCCAGCACUCAGGAGGCAGAGGUAUAUGGGAUCUGAGUUUGAAUCCAGCCUUAGUUCCAGGACAGCCAGGGCUAUAGAGUGAAACCCUGACUCAAAAAAACAAAACAAACAAACAAACAAACAAACAAAAAAACAAAAUAAAUAUAAAAAAAAUAAUAAGAUGAAAUAAAAUAACAUAAAAUAGAUAGGCUACCAUCUUGGAUUCUUUUAAACCCACCAAGAUUAGGUUCCUCACAAGAUGUUAGGGACACAUUUUUACCAAAAAAAAAAAAAAAAAAAAAAAAGAAAGACUUCUCUCCCUCAACAAAUUCCUAUGUGAAAAUAAAUAGAAAAAUGAAGGUUUGGUUGGUGCCAUGCAUAAAAAUGAAGUAUAUCAUGCCCAAAUACCAGAAUACCCUCAGAAGACAGCUUCGUGGGCUAAAUGUACUACAGCUAGGCACAGAGGACAUGCUGGACAGAAUACUCUGAUUAGUCUUAGAUGGGUCAGUAGGUGUUUCUGACUGUUAAUGCUAUAAGUAAAAAAAUAUCACCAAAAGCUCAUGUAUUUGAACACCCAAUCCCCAGUCAGCAGCGUUGUGUCGGGAGGCCAUGGAACCUUAGUAGCUGGAGCCUUGUCCCUAGGGUGGGCUUUGAGGGUGCAGUGCCUCGCCCCUCCUCGAUUCUCCCUCUCUUCUUCCUGUUUGUGGAUGGAUAAUGUGGGCUUCCACACCACUGUGGAUGCUAUCUCUCUGGAACCACAAGCCCAAACCAACCCUCUCUCCCUUAACUUGCUUUUUAUCACAGCAACAGGGGAAAAAAAACCUAAUUAAUUCACUGUCUCCUCCUCAGUCAAAUGAGGGAGUCAUUGUCUCUGAACAUAUCCUGUGGUUCACGUGGGAAUGGUUCUGAGCCCAAAACCUGCAGAAAAGGUAGCAGCCUCCAGGAGACUGGAUUCAAGCUUGAAGACUUGAACUUAUGAAAUUAGGGAUCAUGCCAUGCUCAGCACUGGGCUUCUGGGUAGUGGCCUCUGUAAGGGAUUAGGAACUUUCCUGUGUGUACUAGAGAACGGCGGGUGGUAGAUUCAUCCACCUAUCUCAGAGCAGUCGAUAGGGUAGAUUUGCCAUGUCCUGGAAGGCCUGGUCUCUACUUUGAACGAUUUUUAAAAAGAUCUACUUUUAUUAUUUUUAAGUGUGGGGGGAGCACACACAUUGUGUACUCAUGAGUGUGGGUAUGCACAUACAGAGGGCAGAAAAAUAGGAUGCUCCUGGAGGCUGUUGUGAGCCUCCUAGUGCGAACAUAAGGAACUGACCGUGGGUUCUCUGGCUGAGUAGUAAGCACUCGGAACCACUGGACUGUCUAUCCAGCCCCACUUUGAGUUCAUGUGCCUCUCCUUGAGUGCACUUUGCAGUCUACUAAAUAUUUUUCAUGUUUUCUUUCUUUCUAAUCCUCAUGGGACGCCAGAGGAGGCCAUGGGAACGUGGUAACCAGUGACUCAAGACCGAGUGGCUCAACAGUGUCCACUUCAGUGCUAAGGUGGCUCUGGGCAGUGACUUGGAACCAGUCCCCCUUCAGUCACAGCCUAGCUGGAUUAGACACCAGCUGUGUGGAAUUAGGCAAGCCCAGUCGCUUUUCUGGCUGCAGUGCGCUAGUGUGUCAAAUAAGGCGAAAACAGUGUCUACUUCUCAGGCCAUUUGUGAAUACAGAAUGACAACUUGGGCACAUAGAAAGUGGUAGCUUAUUAUUGUAUCAGUGUGCAUUGCACACGCACGUGUUUGCACGAGAGUGUGUGUAUGCGUGUGAUGUGCAUGCAGAGGACAGAGGACAACCUCAGAUGUUGCAUCUUUUUAUUGCAUUAGGAUCUCUCAUGUCCUGGAACCCACCCCUGAGGGCAAGGAUAAGCAGCAAGCCCCAAGCAUCCCCCUGUCUCAGCCUCCCCGGAGUUGGGAUUACAAGCAUUUGCUACCACACUCGUCUUGUUUGGGUUUUUAAGGUGGACUCUGGGCAUCUAACUCAGGUCCUCAAGCUUAAAAGGGCACCACUUCACUACACUGUCUUCCCAGUUCUCUGCAUGAGUUAUUUUAAAGGUUUGUUGAGAUAUGGGGUGUACCCUUUUCCUGGACUGCCAUAAUAAAAUGCCAUAAACUAGGUGACUCUCAGUCAGUUGAAUGCUUCUGGAGAUCAGAAGUUCAAAGUCAAGAUGGGUAAGGCUGAGUCUCAUCAUCUCCAAGGAAUGAUCCUUCCAGCUUCUGGCAGUGCUACACCCUUCUGCACUCCUUGACUGGAAGAUGCUGAUUCAUUGUUUCUAAUCUCUGCCUUCUUGGUCACUUGUCAUUCUUUGUUUAUAUGUCCAAAUUUGCUCUUCUUUUGAGGAUGACCAUCACUGAACUCAGGCCCAUCCUUAUCCAGUAUGACCUCAGUCUAACUCACACUUAUAAAUUAAGUGGGCUGGGGCUUGCAUAUUUCCUUAGGGGCCACAUUUCAACUCCAGGCAAGCCCUCAUAGCUCCCUUUAUCCUCAAGAUAAGCUCAGAAUACAGCCAUGGGUGCAUUGUCCUCCCCAUCUUCCCACCAUGCAUACCUUAAACUUGCCUUUGUCUUAAGCCUCAGAGCUGAUUCUUUAGGCCUCUCGGCCCUUGCUCUGGCUGCUGCCCAGACCACCUGCUUCCUUUCAUGCUUUGCCCACUUCUGCUUCCCACCUCAUCAUCAAGAUUUGCUGUGAGCAUCAGCUCUUCCCACAAAGUCUUCCUCACUUUCCCCCUUCUCCUGAUCCGGCGAGAAACAAUCUCCUGGUGUCCCCUAGCCCCCAACCCCAACCUUACUGUCUACCAGUUCUACCAAAGACCCAGUCAUUUUGUCUACUUCCUUCCCUCACCACGAGCUAGAGGACAGACACAGCAUCUUUAAUGCUUAGCUCAGAGUCAAGCAUACAAUAGACCAUAGAGUGCAAAUUGGAGCCUCAUGGGCGGGAUGUGGCUAAACAGAUGUGUUUGAUUCAGCCUGCAUGGUACUGAGAAUUUAAAAUAGCUACCAACAAUUAAAAUGAGAUGAGGUUUUAUAAAAAUCCAGAACUGCAGCUUCCUUUGAGGAGUUGGAGGGCCUCCUCCUCCUCCUUCUCCUCCUAGGUCUUUGUUCCUCUCUCAGUUUGCUGAAGCUAAGCCAAUACCACCUCUUAUAUAAGACACAUGUUCCCUGUUGCACUCGCAAAUAGCGGCACCUGCUCAUUUGUGUAUUGCCUCUGGAUGCGUCUGCACCCUAAGAGUGGACUUAUGCUAACUUGACCCAGAUAUGUGCUCUCUUGCUUGUAUCUGCUCCUAGUCUCUACUGUAACAACUGCUAAGGUAGAGUGACUUAAAACACCAUGAAAAUUCUAGUUUGCCUUUAUAAUGGACAGAAGAGCAAGGUCACUUUCAUGAGGCUGAAAUCCGGGUACUGGUAGAGUCCCCCUCUUUUGGGUGGCCUCGGCUGACAACCUCAUGCUUGCCCCUGCUGGUUUCUGUUUGCUGAGGGCAUUCCUGGACUUGUGCUUUUGUGUCUCCAAUUUCUUGCCUCAUGGUCACCAUGCCCUAUCCCCACCCACGUCUAAAAUUUCCCUUUUCCUCCUUUUGUAAAGAUAAAUAUGAUUGCAUUUGUGGGGAUUCCCCAGGUUCAAGACAAUCUUGUCUCAAAAUCCGGAACUUAAUCCCAUUCACAGAAGUGUUUUCUUCACGGUAAGAAACACCCAGGUGUCAUUGAUUAAGGAAUGAGUAUCCUUAAUAGAUUGUUCCUCGGUGCAACCCAUAGGGAAGGAACCUUUUGCUCACCUCUCCUUUAGAAAGACGCCUUCCGUCCAGCCCUUCCAGAAGCUCCAGGGCUCGCUCUCUAUCUACCUGAGCCACACCAGUGCUUCUCAUUCAGUUAGCCACAUCUUAGGACUCUUCCCCCUCAUCCCUACCCCAUCCUCCUGCACAGAGGAACAAAAGCAACACCAUCUGAAACAGCACUACAUCUUCUGACCUUGCCCCUCUCCCCCUCUUAGCCCUAUGGUAUCCUCAGGGACAGAAGAAAAAAAAAAUGAUAGAAAUGUUUUAAGAGCAGAAAUGGUCUGUUUUCCAUGUAGGGCCCUUUCCUCACCAUGUUUUACAGGCAUGAUGGCUUUUCCAGAUGUGCUAAGAGGGUUUUACUCUAUUUUUUCCCCUGGGGAGGCUCAAACUGCUCUCUGUAUCCUAUUUCAGCCGCUUAUAACCAACCACCCUCCCCAAACCAAACAGCUCUGGUCCCCUGGAUCGUAUAUGUGUGCCCCUCAAUAGCAGUGCCCUGCAAGAAGCAGAAGGAGAACCCUUCUCCUCUGCUUUUACUAUGGAGAUUCAGAUACAACUUUGCUUCCAGAUUUCUUUCUUAACUGGUAAAGCUGGCAGAAACACAUGGUGGAUGACCAUUCACUGUAAGCAUGAAUGGCAAACACACAGCUCAGAGCUGUCUCCAUGUGGAGAGAGCGUCUUUUAACUUAGGGCUCAAGCUUUAAAAAUGAAUGAAAGGCACUUGGUGUUUUCACGGGCAUGUCAAGUGGCCAGUCUUGUGCCCAGAUGAUGGGCAUCAGCAGUCUCAGGCUCUGAAAAUGGAAGCAGGCAGCCUUUGUCUUCAUUGUAAAGGACAAGAGGCUUGCAAAGGUGAGUUCCUGCCCAAGUGUCAGCCGGGUAGCAGGUGGCAGACUUGCUGAGUUCCUUCCCCACAAUGCAGUUUCCAUCAUCUGGAAAGGAUUCCACUGGUGUGACAGGCCUUGUGGAUGGCACAGGACAGUGGCCUGCAGUUCAGGGGCUGCUUCUGAUGGCUUCUUCUGCCAUCCAGUGAGUGAGUUUCCUCUUUAGCAUUCUGUUUUUCAAAUACUAGUAUCUAGUUGGCAGACAUCUUCAGGGAGCCAGAUUGGGACCUAAUAGGAAUAAUAAAAUCAACUAAUACUGAAUUGGUACUUUUCAUGUGCUACGCUAUAUAUACUUCAUGUGCCCUUUCCAAAUUAACUCUUCCAAUGCUCACAGCAUAACUUUAAGGUGGGUAUGCUUAUUACAGCAGCCUUGCCAAGGAGAUACAGAAUAUUUCAGAGUCAUGUGCCUGUUUAUGGAGGGGUGUAAGUGCCACAAACAGGAGUGAUUUCUGUAUUACCAUUACUAGGUGAGUGAAGGUCUCUCUAAUGAAGUAGGGACACAAAUAAAGGCAAAGUUAGGAGCCAUAUGAAAAGACAAUUAAUUAGAAAAACAAUUUUGAACCACGGGACUAUUGAACAGAUAUCACGUGAGGGGUCCAAGGCAAGGAAUUUGGCUUAUGAGACAGGGAGUCUUUUGGAAAGACUGUGGUUAGCAUCUGGCUCUAUCUGAAAGCACCACUGUGAAAAGAAAGAACCACACAGGAAGCCACUGCAGUAAUUCAGGGUAGAAACGAUGGUGCUUUGGCAAUUACUAUGAUAAGUACGAUCGGUUCUAUUUUAUUUGAAAGGUGUGGUUGAGAUGAUUUGCUGAUUGGGAGAGAAAAAAAAUAAAAGAAAAAUCUAAGGUGACUCCAGACUUUGGGGACAAUAAACUGAAGUAGGAAAGUCUACAGGUGGAGCAUGUGAAGAGGGCAGGACCAACAACAUCUCUGAGUAGCUGAGGAGUAGCUGAAGCCGUGCUUAUUCAGGAUCUAUACAUUUAUUUGUUGUUGUUUUUUUAAUUUUUCCAGACAGGGUUUCUCUGUGUUCCCCUGGCUGUCCUGGAACUCACUCUGUAGACCAGGCUGGCCUCGAACUCAGAAAUUCGCCUGUCUCUGCCUCCCAAGUGCUGGGAUUAAAGGUGUGCGUGUCUAAAGUCACAAGAUCCAAUGAGAAUGCCACAGGAGAAAUGUAGUGGGGAAAGAGCUGGGAGCCUAGUGCUCCAGGGUUGAAUGAAAGGUUGCAUUUAAAGAUUUGCAGUGGUGGCAGAGGUGAGAUGGCUGGCGAGGGGAGAGAGAGUUUCAGUGUGGAGUGACUGGUCGUCAAAUGCAAUGGCUUGCUUAAAUUAAGUAAGAGUUAAAAGUUGGUGGUCCGAACUCAUAACGUGGAGACAUUGAUGGUGAAAACAAAUGGAGAGAUGGAGAAACAGACGGGGGGGGGGGGACGGACAGAGUUCACAUAGUCAGAUAGGCACAUUUCCCUUUUAUAAAAUACAAAAACAAAAUAAAAAUAAAAACAAAACAGAUGAGGACUGUUGAGUCAUGAAAAGCUUUUCAUUUUCAAGUUGGAUGUGUUUGGAUGAUGGAGGUAGUGGUUUGCGAUGGUAGUGGUUAUGGUAGAGAAAUGACGGUGGUUGUGCUAGAAGAAAGUGGAUACGGUCCAGGGAUUGAUGUCCUAGAAUCCAUGAAACAGGUGCAUAAGUUAGGGGUCUCCAUAGUAGGAACGUAGCCUCAACAAAUGAAUGAGUGCGUGUGGCCGGGAUACUGCCCGUGGGUGGAUGCGGAGGUGGGGGCUCUGCAAGUCUUCAUCUGACUGCUCUGACUGCUUCAUCGAAAUGAAGUGGAACCAAGUCUUACCUCUGAGAAUGGAGAAGAGGAUGAGCCAGGAGCAGGAGAAGAAAAGUAUCGUCAUGCCUAGAAGAUUGGGAGGAGGAGGAAGCCAAGCAAGUACACUGUGAUGGUGGCAUAGUCCUGAGUCCUGCAUGUUUUUCUCUAGCCACGGUUCCUUCUAGUGCAGGUGUGAUAUAUUUAGGUGGCUUUUGCACUUGAUGGACAACAUAUAAUGAAAGGGAGUUGAUGUUUGUAGGGGAAAGAGAAGAUUGGCUUUGCAUAGGUGUUAGGAAUGACUACAGGAGAGUAAUAUGACAUGGUCAUUAGCAUUUGUAUAUGUGCAUACACACACACACACACACACAUAUUGCCUUUGACUAAUUUUGACUUGGCAAGAAAGAGGAGCUAUAGGAAUAGUCACAAGGACAAAACGAAGAAGGGAGUGAAAAGGGAGAGACAAACAAAAUGGCCUGACAUAUCCAAGUGUCAAUUGGAACUGAGUUCAUAAAAUACAUGUUGUAUUUUUGCUUGUCUGUUUGGUUACUUGCUUUGGCUUGGGGUUGUUUUUAGACAAGGUCUCACUAUGCAGCCCUGGCUGCCUCUAGAACUUGCUAUUUAGACCAGCUUGGCCUCAAAUACGGCAAUCCUCCCACACUUUCUUCUCGAAUGCUUGAAUUAUACAUGUGCAACUGUGUCCAUCUAUAAUGCAUGUGUUUUAGAAUUAAUCUAUUUAAUUUUGCAAACCAACAGUAUAUCAAGAACAUACACAAUCGCCUGCGAUUCUUUCCCUGCAAUCCACUGCCACACAACUGGAAUAAACCUGGGAAACUGGAUACAAAGCGAUGCUUUGUUUUCUGUCUCUGUCUCUGUGUGUGCUUCUCCAUCGCUGUCUCUCUCUGUUUCUCUCUCAGUCUCUCUCUCUUUCUCUCUCUGAGUGUGUGUGUGUGUGUGUAUGCCUGUGACUGUUUCUCUCUGUAUCGCUGAUUUGUUUCUGUCUCUCUGUGUGCAUGUGUCUUUGAUUUUCAGCUAGAGAGACAACUAAGCCUAUCAUUUGAAUCUCAGACUAACUCAGCACAGGAAUUCUGCACCUUUGGGAACUUUAUGAGAUAUCCUUGCCUACAGACAGUCAUGGGUGUGAAUUUCCAAGAAGAAAAUAGAUAUCAGAAUUUUGGCUUUUCCUUUACAUUGGGAAUCUGAAUCUACUUUACCAAGCACUAGUUUCCUCAUCACAGGAACGCUGGGAACACCAUCAGACUUACUCAGCAGGCCAUUGUGGAGUGCCUGCCAUGUACCAGGUACAAGUUUGAGUGCUAUGGACAUCUUGGUAAACACAACUAAGAUGAUUAUUCAUGAUUAUCAAUGAACUUAUUGAGAGUUACCUAGGAGAUUGGUGAAGCCCACCUCUAGCUGUACUUAGGAGGGCCUUUCCAGAGAGGAUUAGUCCGCACCAUCCCAUUGGCUGUGGGCUUGAGUAGAGGAACAAGAAGGAGCCCCCUUUGGUUCGGACACUCUUACUUCCUGGCCACCUGAUGUGAGAUGCUCUGUUCUGUCAGGCUGUCUAUUGUGAUGUACUGAACCCAUUGAAAUAGGGAAAGAAAAUGAAUAUUUUUCCCUUCUAAGUUGUUUUUCUUGGGUAUUUUGCGAUAACAAUGAAGAAAACACCAUAAAACCUCCCAUGUUUCUUUUCUGGAAGUUUCCACUGUGGGUGGCAGUUAGUAGCGCAGGAAGACAAGCUGAGAGACUAGUGCUGUGGCCACGAGAAGUACACACAGACCCUUGCCCUCUGAGAGACUACGGCCUCUCCCACAUCAUACCUCUCCUUCCCGUCUUUCCAGAGUGUCCGUAUCCCACUCAUACCCCAAAUGGUUGACAGAACUACGACUGUGAAAAUCGCUCCCCAUCUUCAUAUCCUAGAGGUAUAACAACCUCAUUUUCACCAAAACUCCCUAAAAAUUGAGCUGCCCCAUCUCAGUGGGGAGCUGCGGGAGGAAGCCUAAUACUUGUAGACUCUUAGGUGUCUAGGACCAGAGUCUUGAGGAAGGGAUUGCUCUCCAUGGCUUCCCAGUCUCGCUUUGGCACCUCUAUUAUCGCCCAGGCUCUGCUCCCCAUCUGAGACAGGAAUUCAGCCCCGUGAAAGCGUAAGCUCCCACAAUGCCCAUCCAGAUUCUGCUACAUAGCCUCCCAAGCUCCCCUAUCCUCCUGCUUAUCCAGGAAGCUUCCCUUGAGAGUCAGGCCCGAGUCUCCCCUCACGUGUUCAACUCUCCCAAGAGAGCUUCCAGCGCGUGCGUGCACCGUCCUCACCAUGUGACCAUCCUCCUCUGUCACCCUCUUCCCUGGACUGGCCUGUCAUUUUCUCAUUAUCAUCGCCAUCCCAGACCCAAACUUGUCCUCGGCUUUCCUGUUUCCAAUUAAACUUUGUCCUAUCAGGAAUCCUAGGCCACAUUGUUCUGCGGUUACCAGAGAGGAAAAUGACAGCAUGUGAAGGAAAUUCUCACUGCUCGACCUCACAGACUUGGCCAGAGAUAGCCUGGUGGGGGCGGGGGACCAAAGCUGGGGGAGACCCCAGGGCAGAUGUGGUGGGCCAGCGAGGUUUGCAGCGGCUGUGGUGCAGGGUGUAUUUUCCCUCCUCGUCUUUCUUUUCACAGCUGCUGUUCCUUGGAGACCCCAACAUUCUCGUUCCCAGGGCUAAUUUUAAUUUCUUGGGACUGGCUUGUUCUGAGUGACCCUUACCCCUGCCUUUCCCCUUGGCUCCAUGUGUUUAUUCCUGCCCUCUGGCUCACACAGCCCUCAUGCACUCACAACGCACACUCACACCCUAGCUCAUGUGACUUCUUAAGCACAGAAUAAAAUAACUAAUUCAGGACAAGUUACCAGGAAGCAGGAAACUAAAUAGCAGGGGGAGCGGGGUCCCUGAAGGAAGGACAAAAGAGGGUCGGGGUGGAGACCAACUUCCUGCUUACCGAGUAAGGGCAUGGUGUUUACAGCAUUAGAUGUGAGCUCAAGAUCUUCCUGAGAUUUUCAAGAAAGGGGAAAGACUAUGAGGAAGGAGAGGUGAAAAAGUAAGGCUAAGGCACACAGGAAAAUGUCUCCCAUUGCUUUCUGACCCCACCAUUUGCACAGCACCUGAGCAUCUCUAUUCAGAUCCUCAUGGAUCUCUGAGUUUUACAGAUGAAGACAGCAAUUCCAUAGUAGCAACACCAGGAUGUAGAGCUGUAUGGUGACUGUCCCUCUUGGGAGUAUUUCAGUGGAUAUCAAUUUAGACCCUAAGCCCGGAUGCAAGCUCAUCCUCUUGACUUAGAGCCAGAUUUAUUUUAGGCCACUAGGCUACCUUUUGCCAUUUUCCUAUCCAGUUCUUAAGAAACCUGUAGCAUUUGGCUAUUGGGAGCUGCCCUCUGACCCCACCCAAGCUGGUUUCCUCAGAGAUUUCUUUGCUUCUUUGCAAAGGAAGAAAUAAGAGGGAUGUCCAAGAGCUAUUAACUGUACGUGUCCAGUUCUCGUCAGAGGACCUGUUACAGAGAAGCAGAAUUCCUGUUCCAUGCUGGAUCCCCCUCUCUGCUAGUUCUUCAGGAAAGCUGAUUAGCAACUGCAGCUUCUCCCUCCAGUUUUAGAGGCACCCAGACCCCUGUAUGGACAUCAGUACUGUUCCUCUGUCUCCAUGCUUUGUCCUACUUCCAAAGAUGCUUAUUCAUCGCCUGCUAUUUCUCUCUAUUCAUUGAUCAUCUAUGUCAACUUUCUUGUCCUCAUUUUUAGAUCUGAACUUUCUUUACCCAAGGUAGUAAAGACCCUAAAACUUCCCAUUGGCUUCCUGUGGAUCUAUUACAGUUCAGAUCACUGCCAAUAAUCUCUGGAGUACUCUGAGUCCCCAAUGCUACAUACAUACGAGUCAUGUAGACAGACUAUCUGGAUUUGAAGCCUGGCUCUGCCUCAGUUUCCAAGUCAGUAAAUGGGAAUGCCCUCGUUUGCUUUUUGUUACUGUGAAAGUCAUCAUAACAUAAACAACUUAAAGGAAGAAAAGAAACAACUUAUUUGUCUGUGCGUGGAAGGAAGUCAGAGCAGGGACUCAUGGUCUGGAGCAGAAACCAAGGAAGAAAUGAUGUUUGCUGGUUCUUACUUCCUGGUUCACAUUCAGCCUUUUUCAUACAGAUCAGGCUUACCUGCCUAGGAAGGGAUGACACCACCCGUGGUGGGCAGGGUCCUCCCACAUCAAUUAGCAAUCAAGAAAAUGCCCCACAGACAUGCCAAAAAGCCAAUCUGCUGGAGGCAAUAUUCCAGUUAAGAUGUUCUCUUGUGAAGGUUAAAUGAAUUCCCAUGGUGUCUUAGUCAGGGUUUCUAUUCCUGCACAAACAUUAUGACCAAGAAGCAAGUUGGGGAGGAAAGGGUUUAUUGGGCUUACACUUCCAUGUUGCUGUUCAUCACCAAGGAAGUCAGGACUGGAACUCAAGCAGGUCAGGAAGCAGGAGCUGAUGCAGAGGCCAUGGAGUUUCUUACUGGCUUGCUUCCCCUGGCUUGCUCAGCCUGCUCUCUUAUAGAACCAAGACUACCAGCCCAGAGAUGGUCCCACCCACAAGGGGCCUAUCCCCCUUGAUCACUAAUUGAGAAAAUGCCUUACAGUUGGAUCUCAUGGAGGCAUUUCCUCAACUGAAGCUCCUUUCUCUGUGAUAACUCCAGAUGUGUCAAGUUGACACAAAACUAGCUAGUACACAUGGUAUAUACAAAUACAAAAAAUAAUAAUUACUUUAUGGAUUUACUAAACAUGUUUUUGCCUUUUACAAUAAGAUUGUGUUUGUAUAGCUUACACAUUCAAAGUUCUGAGAAGAGUGCUGAUGCUUUCUACUGCCACUGUAGCCACAACAGCAUAAGAGUAACUAUGAGGUUAGUGCCAUUGCUCCUACGUGUCCAGAAGUAGAAUAUCUCAGUUUGACUAGGCCUUCUGGUUUACCAACUACUACUCUUUUUCUCAACAGGCUCUGGAGGUGAGUAGCAUUUUCUUCGCCUUUCAUACAAGCAUAAUGAGGCUCAGAGACACAAGAGUUGACAUAGCCUAGAUCAUCUAACCAAGAGGUGGAAGACCAAAACAUGCUCCUCAGUCCUUGUGACUAUGGUGCCAAGCUGCACCCAGCCUUGUCCUGUUCAUUUUUCCUUUGCUCCUCUCUUCAUGGGUACAGCCAUUAGGCUUUCCUUACCAGGAGUCUUCAUGUCCUUAGAAGAGCGACCCAUUCAAGAUCUAUAAAGCUUAACGCAUCCAAUUGGACAUAGCAUCCAGCCAGGUCUGCUAAAGUAAUUUUCAAUCUGACAUUGCAUUCAUUCCAACCUUUUGUCUUCUUGGCCCAUUUCUAAGCUCGAUGCAUUAUAACAAAGAGAUUUAUUUCUGAAUGGUUGCUGUUCACACAGAAAUAAAGGAGCCAAUACCGUUGUGUUGAGAAUUGGCGUAUUGUACAGCCUAAAGAAACAUAACAUGGGCAAAGCAAAAAAGGUUCCAAUUCCUAGGCCUCUUGGGUAAUCAUGGUAGCACUCACUUGAGACACACCCCCUUUCCCAGUUCAGACUCCCUGUCUAUUCUUUCUUUUGGGAUAUGAUACCCUCUGGUAUCUGAGAUUGCAAAUCUGAUGUCCAGACCCCUCCCCUCACAAUCCAUACUGUCUCUGUGGAGAAAACACACUCUGGCCAGACUCCCGAAGGAUCCCCAUUCCAGGCUGCUGAGUCCUUCAUGAGCCCCACAGGAUGGUUUGAGAGUUCCUCUGCCCUGACAGUCUCCUGAUGUGGUUAUUUUUAAGGAAAGUUCCACAGAGCAAAACCUCACAGGGACACUGGUGUUUGAGGGCUGGGCUCUUCCUGCCUUCCUCUGGAGACUGGUUUUGAGGUUGAAUCACUGAAUCAUUCAGCAAAAGUAAAUAAAUAAGCGGAGGAAGGGAAUCUUCCUCAAAAGGAAUUGUGUUACCUCCUCCUCUGACACAAAGCAUCUGUCAUCACCGAGGAGUUGUCGACAGUCUCUCUGGGACUGUCCUUUAUUCCAGAGGCACACACACUCCUUUCCUUAGAGAGGGGAUGAGGAACAAGCUGUCCAUGUUCCACAGUUUCUGAGGAGACUGACCUCAAUGUCCUCUUCCUCCUCCUCCUCCUUCCUCUCAAGUAAAAUGACCUGCCCAUGUGCCUGAGGUCUUGUGAAUUUGCUUGGUUUCCUCUGGGGCUCACCCACUCCUUCUUGUAACUCCAGCAUGUAGUUUCCGUGGGGCUACCUCUUGUUUCUCUCCCCUGUGCCAGUUUUCCCUUGACUCUUCCCCUUCAUGCAAAGAACAGGACAGAGAGCUCAUCUGAUCCCCAAGUCCAAGCCCCCAGCUUUGAAGAUUUGGCAAAUGAAGUUGGGGCAGCUGCAGAGACCAGAACUGGGACUCAUGGAAGCUUAGAGGAAGAGUGAAGGCUACAGUCAUAGCCACAUUGCUCCAUGGAGUAUUUCACCGGCUGUUGAAUUGAAUAGACCCCAACACUCCACCUCCUGAUUUUUAGAUGCUGCCCUUGCAUGGGUGAGCUCCUGGACCCCAUAUACCUUGAGGGCAUCCCUGCUAGGUCAAAAGGGCUGAGAGAUAAAACAGGACAUUCAGAGGAGCAUUUGGUGGGCCUUCAAUAUCCAUUAUGCCAGGUAUCUCUGACCCUUGUCUCAACUACUUGGCCAGUUUUGAGGUCUCCUGGGUCAUCACAUCAAUGUCUUCCCCUGAAUGGAGCCCACUCAAGAUCUUCUGUAGCACAACAUUCAUCCAUCACCUCAGUUCCAAACUUAGGAUUAUUAAGAUCUAGGACAUUAGAGCCAUUCUGACACAUUUCCUAUCCUCUCUCCCCAUUUGUUUUAACACCUCUCCUCUCACUGGGUGAUGAGGCUCAUUUCUAAAACCUGAUGAACCUCAGUAAGAAGUGAUGAACCUCAGAAGCUGGUGUGGACAUGCCAGGAGUACCAUAGGGUGGCCUGAAUGGACUUUCUAGCAAUCUGUCCUUCCAUGGUAGGACAUGCCAUCAUGAAGGCUCGACUUCAUAGUCACUCGAAGAUCUAGGGAAAGUUAAGUUGCUGAUCAUGUCUGAGCCCUGUUUUCUUGUUUCUCUCUUGGGGAAUCUGCCUAACAACUUGCCUAUUGUGAGGAUGGGACUUCAUGGUAUUGUUUAGGGGAAAGUGCUUGGGAGCCCUUGUUUCUCUCAUCUCCUGAGUUGCUGGGCAGAGGUCAUAGAAUGAAGGGAGAGUUUAGCUUAGACUCCAACCUCUAAGACUUUAAAACAUGACAAGCAUAAAUGUUUCUAAACAUGUAAUUGUCAAACACUAUUGUUAACCACCCAGGAAGCCUGACGCGUCUACCUGUGUUACAUUUCAUGACUUCACUGCAGUCUUGGUUCCAAACAUACAGCAUGGGCACUUCCCACUGAAAUGCCUCACACAGCUCAGGUUUGAGACCACCACAUGUUAUGAACUGUGAUGUUUUUACUGCACAUUUCUAUAAGAGAAAAAAAUCCUGAUUUAAUUUUAGAAAACAAAGACAUAAUACUUUCCUUCCUCCACUCCUUAACAUGCAAGUAUCAAAUUAAUAUAUCUUUGGAUUGUGUUCUGUUAGAAUGUUUGAUUUUUAAAAUUAUUGCUUUAGUUUCUGACAUGAGUUUCAUUAAAAAAAUAUUCGGAUGGAGUUUUAUCUUGGGAUUAGGCAAAACUUUCUAGCAAUUUCUGAAAUGGCUGUAACCAUUCUUCUACCAUUUUAUACCAUGUAUUUAUGCAAAAUAGCAUUCUCAGCAGUGACCAUUAUAAAAUCAAAAUAUGAGUCACAUCUGAAAUAGAAGGGCUGGAGAGGUGGCUUAGUGAUUCAAGUGCUUGUCUCACAAGUGCGAGAUGCAGAAUUUACAACCCAGAAAUUCACAUGCCUAGUAGCCUGCCUACCUGUAGCUCCAGCCUUGGAGGCCAGAGAGCAAGCUGGGUAGCAAGACUUGUUUAUAUAUUGGCAGCUUCAAUGAUUUUGUUACAGCAACAUGAAAUGGACUAAUGCAGGAAUCUCAGAGAAAGAGACCAAGAAUAUACACAAGUAAGUCUGCAUAGCCAAGAUCUGCCCUGAUCCCCGUGAAGCCUCAUUAACUGAGUCUAGAACCUCACAUCAUAUUCAAUUUAACUCAGAACACUUUCAGUAUUCACCUCCUCCACACAAUGCAGCCACCAUGUGAAUCAAGGCAAGGCAUCACUCCGGCUUGUUUGUUUGUUUUGAAAUAAUUGCCAGGAAGUGUUGAUCAGUUUUUAAAAAUUUCACAUCACUAACUUUGACCCAACUUCUGGAAUUUAAGCUACUAAUGAAACACCUCACUCAGCCCACAUUCACCCCGUGGGUGUAUGCUUGUUCUACCCGUAAGCACAAGCAUCAAUCCAUUUCAUUAUGUCUUCCAGUGGUGUUAUGGGAAAGUAUUUGGAAAUAGAAAUGUAUGUUAUUUUAUCGUGUUAUUUCUCCUAUCACAAUCAAUGAUAUGUGCCAUUUUUACUAAAAAUCAUGCAGGUGGAUAACUGUGGAUUUUUCUUGCAGUAAAGUGAUGUUCACACAGUUCAAGAAGCAUCAUAAGUUAUUUGUAGAAUUUUCCUAUAGGUACUGAGGACAGAAUCCCAGACACACUAACCACAUGCUAUUCUCCUGAGUUCCAUGUCAGCCCAGUAGAUGUUGGUUAUAGGAAGAGGACAUUGAGUGUGAGACGAAGGUGAUGUUACUGUGGUAGAUAAAGAGGCACCAUAACAGAAUGGAGACAAGUUUUUCCGUAGGCUUCUGCUGAGGCCAGAAGAGUGGAAGCACUGUAGCAGGAGUCUAAAGACCUGAGUUCAAAUCUUGGUUCUGCCUUAUCUCGAUGUUGAAAGCCAACCAAACCUCCCUGGCCUUUGUUUCUGGACCAUAAAGGGAUCCUCUCAGAUGAUAACUGGGGUGGGGGGUGUCUUACAAUGUAACAGACUGUAGCUCUGAAUCAUUUUUGAGGGACCCUAAGAGUCCUUCUGGGACAAUUGACACCUUAGGUCUUGGAGUGAUAAGAGUGUUCAUUGGUAUGAAUGGAAGACACCAUCUUGGGAAGGCUAUUUUAUUUCUCUAGGCCUUAGAUUUAUCCACAGUGAAAUCAGAAUUUCAAACAUCCUACAUCAUUAGGGUGUUAGACUCAUCAAGUAUCACUUCUAAAAGUAUUGUAACUUAGUGGUUCUCAGUACAUGCUAGAAGUUAGUUUUCUUCUUCUAUCCUCCCUACCUUCUCUGACUUCUGUAGACCAACCCCCAACCUCUACUCUGCUCCCUAGCCUUCUGUCACAGAAAAAGUUGGAGAAAAGAUGGAAAUGUGGAGGCUGAGUCUCCACAGUAUUCUUGCUGAAAGGUUAGGAGUUCCUGAUUACUCCAGAGAAUUUCCACUUCCCUUUACUGGGCCAGCUCUAGGAUCCCUGGAGAUAAAAAUAACUAAGACAGUAAAACUCUCUGGGGGCUUCUCUAUCCCUCACCCAAAGCCAUUCUCUCCUGAGAAGCCAAGGAAAGAAUUUCCACUUAGUCUGGUACCACAGGACCAGGAGCCUUGACCGUCAAGUCAACUUCUGAUCCAGCCAGUGAGGACGAUGCAAAGACUAGUUGAGAGUAUACAUUUGAUGAUGUGCUGGAAUUUGUGAUGUAAGUCAAAGUAAGUGGAUGUGGGGAACCACAUCAAUGAAUCCCAACACACCCUGCUUAUCUUGUUCUUGAGCCAAGCCUUCAAUGGGUGGAGGACUGUGUUUUCAGAAGAAGUGAUUCAAUGGCUUUGAGAUUUCAUAGUCUAGGAAUUGAUGACUGGCAAAAUAUGGGAAGGGGAAGGAGAAAACAUCCCUGGUCAUGGGGUAACCCCUUCCCAAAGUUCCAAUUUGUCAGCCCUCUUGCCUUUAGAGCCUUCAGUUGUCAGCUCUUCCCCAUUCACUACACCCUAGGAAACCCAUUCAUACUGACGUCAACAGGAAUCAAAAGUUUCCUUUAGGUGACUCUCUUUGCCCAUUUGCCUAGCUCAGCAUCAAAGAGUUCUCAGGACAAGGGAGGCUGAGCCAAGUGGCUCAGAGCAUGAUCAGCAACCUGUCUACACAUUGACAGUUCAGAUCCAAGGACACACAGCCCUGUGAAUAGGACCCACAUUCUAGAGGAGGUAAUUGUCAAAGAAGGGGGUCAAGCAACUCCAUCAAUGGCUGUGAACCUGAGAAUGUUGGGAGGAAAAGCCAGAGAGGUGCACCUCUCCCUGUUCAGAGAUGAGUAGAUCCUACAGGGCUUCUCAGAGGAGAGGGCUAUGAAAAGACCUUAAGGAAAGAGCCUGCCAAUUAUACAAGAUGCAUAUAGUGUUGUCACCUGACAUGUGGUCACAUGACCAGUUAGUAAAAGACUAUGGAUAACUUGAUAUCUACUGAGUGUAUUAGUUCCCUCUUUCAUUGCUGUGACCACAUUCGUGACAAAAGUAAUGUAAGGAGGGAGGAUUUCUUUUGGCUCAUGGCUUGAGACUCCGCUCCAUUAUGGCAGGAGCAAAAGGUCAUGUUGCAUCUGUGGUCAGGAAGAGGAAAGACAUGAACACUGGUGUUCAGCUUACUUUCUUCAUUUGUCCCUAACCGUAAGAUUUUUAAUAUUUCAACACUUGUGUGAGGUGGUGGAUCUCUUAAUUAGCUUGAAGAUUGUGAUCAUUCCAAAAUAUGUGCACACAUCAGAACAUACAUUGAUAUAUAUAUAUAUGAUAGGGUAUGCAUUAUGAUAAGGUAAACUGAGAGAUGAAAUUUUAAGAAUCAGAACAAAUGCCAAGGAAUCAAAGAGGCUUCCAGGGUCUGGAAAGAGGUGUCCCGACAUGAUUUAUGGCCUUCAACAGGUGGCAAGAAAGGACACGGUCUAAAGAAUCAGCUUUUAAAGGUGUUAGAUACACACGUGUUUAAGUCACCACUCUGACAUCCACAGUGUUUUCUGUACCUCUAGCUUCUCAUCCAGAAAAUAGGAUAUAGUCCUACACUAGAAUUCAGGCUCCCAGAGGGCAAACUCCCUUGCUCACUCCUCUAUGGGUAAGGCCUGGAAGAGCACCUGGCCCUGGGUAACCCUCAGGCCACUUGCUGAAUGAGUGAGUGGAUGAAAGAUGUGAUGUAUUCACUAUACAUGUCUGGCUCAAGAAGAUGCUCAAGAAUAAAGAUGCUUUUAAAUGCUUGAGCUUUAUAGAUGACUCAACUGAUGAAAAUGAAAAAGUCAUCUAGGGACCUUAGGUGCUGGAAGCUAGGAGUUUCUUCUGCAAAUGGGGAAGCCAGUGAAUCUCAGUGGACCUGGGAAGCCAUAGGUUAUCAAGCAUAACUGCCUAUUGUGGAGUCCUUUGGUGUAGGGACCUGGCUAUAUGAAAGAAAACCUUUUCUGAGACCCUUCUGAAGGCAGCUCCCCAUGCAUGUGUCAUUGUCACAGGGCAGCUGUGGCCUCUCAAAACAGUCUGAGUCAGGAAGUAGGAAUUCUUGGAGCUAGCCAAAUGGUGACCCCUUGCUGUUGUUCUCUGAGACUGAGUAAGAGAGCCUGCUUGCCUGAUGUGGAAUCACAUGGUGCGCAUCCGGGAGACCCCAAAGAAUGGUGACCUUCGCUCUUCCCACGCAUCUCGACAUCCUGGUCUCACCAAGCUCUAGUGUUAAACUUUCUUAGCGAAGAGGCAGGCUGAGUACAAAGUGGAGAGGCCUGUCACGUGCUAUCUCAUUCAAGCCAAGCUGUCUCGGGCUCCCUGGAGGCGAGGUUCACUCCCUAGGGAAGUUGGUGAGUGAGGCUAACCUGACCCUUCCUCUGCUUAAGUGGUUCCAAGGGAAGCCAGAGCUUUCUCCAAAGUGCUCAGCUUCUCCCUUAAUGGCUUCCAGAUCGUUCCCUCACCCUCUGUUCCCACACAUUGUCAUCCAGAGGGGCCAGCUCCUCACAUGGUCCCCCAUGUGUCCUCCGCGUGCUCCUCAUGUGUGUUCUUCUGCUCACCUCUUAGGGGCACUUUAUCCUUGCUCGGCAGCCAUCUCAGCUCAGGGCCUCUCCUGAAUCCAGAAGUCACUGACAAAGAAGCCAGAGAACCGGGGAGGACAAGUUAUGAGGCGGGUGCAGAGGCUGCUGGUUCAUCUAUGAAAUCAGAGUGUUAGGGCAUCCCAUUGAUGUGACUUUAUGGUUAGAUGAAGUUGGUUGGAAGGAACAGCAGAGAACAGGCAGAGAUUAGCAUGCAGAAAAUAGGAAUGGUGGCAGUGUUAGUGGUCUGCAUAACUUAAUGAGCUAAAGAAAAACAUCAGAGAAAGAAAAUGGUGGAAGCAUAUAAAAACCCAGGGGUGUGGAAAUCUAGAAGCCUACAAUGAAAAAUUUUACAAGGAGACUGGAUCCAGAACCUUGCAAGCUCCAUCAGCUGUGGCUCUAUGAGACAGUUGAGCUCACAUAAGAGUGAGAUUUGGGUAACAAGGAGGGAAGCUGAUUGGAGAGGGGAAAGGAGGGGUGUGCUCUAAACUGGGGGGGGGGAGGGGGUCAAGAAACAGCAUCUCCAACACAGCCAGAAAUUAUGAACCAAAUCUGAGACCUGAAACUUAGCAUAUAGCUUAAUAGAACUCUAUCUUAUUAUGAUAUGCUCUCAGUAAGAAUUCAUUUAGAAAGAACAUCAUGUCCACUGCCUAGGGAGCUUGGGUUUCUACAGCCACUCAGAAAUGACUGUGUGACGGUGUUCAACUCAUUAAGCACCCAUCAAAGUUGAAGCAUGUACUGUGGGAAGUGACCAAAUAAUGGUGGCCUGACAAGUUGCGAAUCUCUCUGUGUAGGAGAAAAACUUCCCCUCUGGUUGGUUCAGACUUUGACUUUGACUUCUCCCAGAAUGCAGUUCUUGGUAUAAUUCUAGUUUGAGGGAUCCAUUAUUUCAAUGGCCUAAUGGCCAAAUUGAGAAACAGUAUGUGUCUCUUGUCCUUGGUAAGCUGGUUCUAGAUCCCUUCACUACUUCUUCAUCCAGGCUGGGGCCUGUCAUCAGUACUUACCAGGUCUUCUCCACCCUGACCCAGUUUCACCCCAUUUUUUUAAAUCUCACUAAUGUCAAGGCUUUAAAAGCCACAACUGUUCCUGAACCUGUGUGUAUACUCUGCCUAGAGAUCUGAUGAGCAUUCCACGUGAAACUCAACUUUCCUUCCCCCUAAACCUGCCUUACCCUGAUCCUCCCCAUUGACAUUAGCUUAGGCACCUAUGUACUCAACCUCAAACCCUGCAGUCCUCCUUGUAUGUUCCUUAUCUCACCCUCCUCCUCACUGUCAGUCUAUAUUAAAGGUCCUCCUGAUAAAGUCUCUCCAGCUUGUAGCUGUCUCUAAGCUGCUCUGUAGCUGCCUACUUGCCUGUUUUCUGUCAUUGCCUGCUUUCAGUAAGAUGGCCCUCCAGGCCUUCAAACUCCACAGCAGAUUUGACUAACCAAUACUGAAAUACACCCUAUCAAAUUUGUAUUGAAUAUGUAAAUGAUUUUGCUCUAUUACUGUUCCCUACCUAGCUAACCUAGUACCCCAUGAACGAUAUUGAUGCCC